AUGGAGGGCAAUUCUAUACUCCAUGCUUUUAACAACAUCUAUUUUGCAAUCUUUGCUUUAUUUUGCUUCAAGCUUUUAAUUAAGAUUUCUUUGGCUCUACUGACCCACUUCUAUAUUGUUAAAGGCAACAGAAAAGAGGCUGCCAGGAUUGCAGAAGAGAUCUAUGGAAUAGCACCAGGUUCAUGGGCAGAUCGAUCUCCUCUUCAUGAAGCUGCAUUCCAAGGGCGCCUGCUAUCUUUGAAAACAUUGAUUGCGCAGGGAUUCAAUGUGAACAUUGUAACCAUAGAUCGGGUUUCUGCUCUCCACGAGGCCUGCCUGGGUGGCCAUGUCGCUUGUGCGAAAGUCUUACUGGAGAACGGCGCUCAAGUCAAUGCAGUCACUGUUGAUGGGAUCACUCCUGUCUUUAAUGCCUGCUGUAGUGGCAGUGCAGCUUGUGUGAACAUGCUGCUUGAAUUUGGAGCCACGCCACAGCUAGAGAAUCACCUUGCUUCACCUAUUCAUGAAGCAGUAAAGAGAGGUCACAGGGAGUGUAUGGAAAUUCUUGUGGCCAAUGACGUUGACAUUGACCAAGAAGAUUCGCAGCACGGAACACCCCUUUAUGUGGCCUGCAUGUAUCAGAGGACAGACUGUGUCAAGAAGCUUCUCGAACUAGGAGCCAGUGUUGACUUGGGUAAACGAUUAGACACUCCACUCCAUGCUGCAGUUAGGAAAUCCAGCGCAGAAGCAGUCAACUUGUUAAUGGACUAUGGCGCUAGCUUGACACGCAGAAAUGCUGAAUUCAAAUGUGCCCUUGAUCUGGCAGCCCCCAACAGCAAAGUGGAACAGGCCCUCUUGCUUCGGGAAGCAUCUUUCUUGAAUUGUGGACCCCAGAACUGGACACAGGAUUCCAGCAGCGGUCACACCAGUGCCAAAUACAGAGGUCCUGCCAGCCUUGCCCAGCUGUGUCGGCUGUGUAUCAGGAAGUGUCUGGGUCGCUCAUGUCUUUAUGUAGUCCACAAGCUGAAUCUUCCUGAGCCACUUGAGAAAUUUCUCUUAUAUCGAUAGCUCUAUGACUGUCUAUAAGAUGAUUGCCAAGAGAGGAACAAAAUGGCUGUUUACCACAAAGAUAUUAAACCAAAGUGAAAAACAAAGACAUCAUUUACUGCUUACUAUAGGUACCAAACUACUUAGCUGCUGACAUAACAAUACUCCCUGACACAAUACUCCUAUAUGUUGUAACCACUGGAAACUGCUUUGUAGCACAGUGCAUGUUACCAGGAAAUGAUAUUCUCACACUUUAGCGUUAAAUCCACUGAUGUUAGAUAAGAGGCUGAAAUAUGCAAACAGCAGAUUGUACAGCUGUGUGUAGGUAUACACCCAAACAGCUGAUUGUACAGGUGUGUGUGUGUGUGGGGGGGGGUGUAUGCACAAACAGCUGAUUGUGCAGGUAUAUGUAUGUGCGGUAUACAAGCCACCUUAAGUAUGAUUUAAUGAAGUCAACUACUGCAUAGAAGUCUGAUGCUAGAGAAGUUUAAAUUAAGCCAAAAGAAAUAAUUCAUUUUCUCCUCUCUUUCCUUUCAAGUGCAGUAAAAAGUCUGCAUGAAUCCUGAACUUUUGAGAUUUCAUGAAAUAAAUCCUCAAAUGAAAAUAUCAAAGGGGAAUGGAGCCCCUCAUUGACAGUCUGUGUGGAAACAUCUGGGGGGUGGUAGGUUCCUACCUUCUCUCAUUCCCACUUUAUUUGGCUUUGUGAAAGGACACUGGAACUUUAUUAUGGCUUUAGCCUUCCCAUUAUUAGUUGAAAAGCCUAUGGACUCUCAUAGAGUGAACAGAAGGCCAUAAAGAGCCAGAGCUAUCAGAAUAUAGCAAGUGGAGAUCCUGAGAUUAAUAGUAUGAUAGUACACUUCAAGGUUUGUUUUGUUUUUUCCUGAGGUUGGUUGGUUAAUAGAAGGAAUGUUUCUUCAAUCCCAGACUUUCGAUACAGUUUUGCCACAAGCAGGGGGGUAGUGAUGGCUCAUUUAGAUUCAACAAAGCUGAAAAGGGAUUCCAGCUUCAUUUUGUUAUCCCAACCUCUUAAGGGUUUGAGGAACAAAUACAUUUUCAACCUGUGAAUGAACAGUUUUCAAUAUAAGCCACAAAGGAAGAUAAAAAGAAAUAACAUGAGAAAUAGGCAUGGUCUAGUGCAGGGGUAGGCAACCUAUGGCACGCAUGCCAAAGGCGGCACGCGAGCUGAUUUUCAGUGGCACUCACACUGCCCAGGUCCUGGCCACCAAUCCGGGGGGCUCUGCAUUUUAAUUUAAUUUUAAAUAAAGCUUCUUAAACAUUUUAAAAACCUUAUUUACUUUACAUACAACAAUAGUUUAGUUAUAUAUUAUAGACUUAUUGAAAGAAACCUUCUAAAAAUGUUAAAAUGUAUUACUGGCACACAAAACCUUAAGUUAGAGUGAAUAAAUGAAGACUCGGCACACCACUUCUGAAAGGUUGCUGACACCUGGUCUAGUGUGAAUGUAGGACCGAAAACCAGGAACUUCUGAGCUCUAACCCUUGCUCUGACAGCAACAACGUCUGUGGCUUUGGGCUAGUCACUUAACCUCUCAGCUACAGUUUUGCUAUCUGUAAAAUGGGAGUCAUUGUUCUCCCUCACAUUGUUAUGACAGUUCAGCAUAUGGAAGAUGAAAAGUGCUAGGUAUCACUAUUUCCCCCCGAGAUCAAGCAGAACAGACCUGUGAUGUCACAGCUGAAGUUAAAUGCAUUUUCCUGCCUCUGAAAAUAGCCUGUGUUUGCAUAGGUUGGAUGUUUUUUCCAUUGCCAUUAACAGCAAGAACCAUUCUAAAGGGGCAGCGAAGUUUUCACUGAAUAUAAGUAUUUCCUCAUAUGGUACAGGACAUAUGCCAGAGUUGGAUUAGCAUUUGGAACUUUGUAUCCUCAAAAUCUCACAGGAACCUAUCAAAACCUGAAAAGAUUGUGUUCAUUUUCUGUCACUCAAUGUCAUUAUCCUUAUCUUUAUCUAAUCUGCCAUAUUUUAGAGCAUCAGCCAUAGUUUCUAGGUGACAUCUGGGAUCUAAACAGAGAGGCAGACACUCAGCUGAUAUAAAUUGUCAUAACUCCAUUGAAAUCAGGUGAGCUAAGACAAUCUACCUGAGCGGAGGAUCUGCUCCAGAGUGUAUAAUAUACAAUUGUUUUCCUUAUACACGCAACAAUUAAUAUAAUAUGUAAUUUACAUGGGAUUUUAAAUUUAAAAGAAUUUAUAUUCCUUAAAGGAAUGGAAACCCCAUGAAGCAACUCUGGAAGGUAUGUAUUCUGAAGUGGCAGAAGCUGCUCCAUAGUUAUAGUUGAACCUAGCUUCCCAUCAUCAGAUCAGUUUUCAACCCUUAUCUCAACUUUCCUCCAAAACAGUAUUCUUCCUGAAAUUUCACAUGGUGCAUCUUUAUUUCUGGGUAGAGGUUUUUUAGAAGUUUGAUUAAAAAAAAUCAGAAAACAAGAUUUAAAGUUAUGGUGUCUUGAAAUCGUAUUAGAAGUUCACUUGAUAUGUUGUCCAAAGUUUUUUGCUCUAAUCCCAUUUCCUCGCCUAAAAAUGCCACAAGUGUUUGUUGUUGACUGUAUUUUGCUUUGUGACAAUUUACAGAAGUAUUGCUUAUGACAUGGCAGGAGGUGCUCUUUCAUUUUCUCACUCUCCAAUAUCCCUUAUAUUAUCUACCCAAAUCAGCUGUUUGGAUGAACCGUCUUUUUCACGGGAACAUGUAACAUCUAUGUACAUCUGUGCUGUAACGUCUAGUGGUCUGAUAUCCUUUUUUCCAACAGCGGCCAGUACCGGCUGCUUCAGGGAAAGGUGCAACAAAUCCUACAAUGGACAAUUAUGUAAUCUUGAAAGUUUCUUUCUAAUCACUGGCAGUUAGUAUUUGCCUUAUCCUUUGUAGCGUGAAGUGGGAUUGUGGAAGUUCUUCGUUUUCCCUAUAAUGAUCUGAUAAUUUUUUGGGGGGGACAAAGUGGGUGAGGUCAUAUCUUAUUAGACCAACAUCUGUUGGUGGGAGAGACAAGCUGUUGAGUUUAUACACUGAGCUUGUCUUCAGUUGAAGUUGGUCCAAUAAAAGAUAUUAUCUCCCCUAUCUUGUCCCCACCUAUUAAAAAUAGUUAUGUGGUAAAUUAGCCAGUUUAUAUUGUUUAUUUGUUUUCUCAGAGAUGAACAAUAUUGACAUCUGGUACUAUGUUAACAAAUCAGAUCUCCUAUGCGAAUAAGCAUGCCCCAGUUGUCUAGGAGUGAGUACAGGGAAAACUUGCUUACCUCUGAGCUACUAAAUUCACAUAUACAAAUUCCUGCUUUCUGAGUGGCUUGUCAGCCGGGCUGCCCGGGGGGGGGGGCAAGUGGGGCAAUUUGCUCGGGGCCCCACAGGGGCCCCCACGACACUGUCAGAGGCUCACCCCCACCUCCGCCUCCCCCCAUCCCCUGGCGCCUCAGCGCACCGCGUCCAGGAGUGGCCCUGGACAGCGCUGCAGCGGUGUGGCUCGGAUGGGACCUGAGCUCCUCCCACUCAGAGCGUGGUAAGGGGGCGGGGCUGCGACCUCCAGCUGAGCAGUGGGAGCUCAGGUCCCGCUGGAGCCACGCCGCUGCAGCGCUGUCCAGGGCCACUCCUGGAUGCGGUGUGCUGAGGCUCCUGGAGAGGGGGGAAGCGGGGCUAAACAGCAUGGUAAGCCCCUCUGAGCUGGAUACCCCCCUGACCCUAUCCCCCCCACAGCCCUGACCCCUAGCUCCGAGCCCAGCCCCUCUGAGCCGAGCACCCCCGACCCCAUCCGCCCACAGCUCUGACCCCUAGCUCUGAGCCCAGCCCCUCUGAGCUGGGCACCCCCAGACCCCAUCCCCCCUAAAGCCCUGACCCCCAGCUCCAAGCCCAGCCCCUCUGAGCUGGGCAUCCCCCGACCCCAUCCCCCCCACUGCCCUAGUUCCGAGCCCAGCCCCUCUGAGCUGGGCACCCCCCGUCCCCAUCCUCCCACAGCCCUGACCCCUAGCUCCGAGCCCAGCCCCUCUGAGCCGGGCAGCCCCCGACCCAGAGCCCAGCUCCCCACCCAUCCUUGGGCAAUAGCAGCACCACCCCCAGGCAGCGACAGCCCAUUGGCACCAACCAUCACCAUCACCCAGCGAGAGCCCAUUAUGUAAUUGCAAAUGUAUACCUACCAUUAAGCAUUUAAUGUUUUUAAAUAAUGUAUUU